GCGGCAGUGAGUGCACUGCACUCUUGGAUUACACUCAUCCAUCACAGUUUCUCUUCAGAGCAGCGCAAAGCCCCACAGAGCAAGGCAGCAUGGGGAGCAGCAUGUCAUGUGUCCCCCACAACAAUUUAAGAUUCUCUGGCAAGAGUUUCAUACGCAGAAACAGCAGUCGCCUCUUUCGCAAGAAGAAUCCUCAAGAGGGACAGGAGAAGUCCAACAGCAUCAUCAAUAUUCUGUGCACUGUCACCCCCAGAAAGGAAAUGUCCCAUAAAGAUCUGCAGACGAUAGAAAACAUAAAAUGGGAUCCUCCGUUCCCUUACGACCCGUCCAGCGGCUGGAAGAAGAGCAGCAUCAAUGUGAAGAAUUACGGACGGAUGAUUCACAGCUCCAAAGUUCGCUUCCGCUUCCUCCACUGCCAGGAUGUACAUGACUGCUACCUGGAUUUGUUCCAGACACACCUUCAUUUUGUGUCCAACAACACAACCGGACUGACGUACCAGGGAACUCUUCCGCUGAAAGAACUCACCAUCUGCAACCUGCAACAGAACUGCAACCACAGCCAACCCCAGGAAUUCGCCUUUCAAAUAAACGGUGUCAGUCUUAACCCCAUUAUCGUCUACUGCGCCAACCAAGAAGAAAUGGACCUAUGGUUCGGCCUGCUCAAAGAAAACAUUGAGGCCAACGGUGGCACUGCAAUUGCACCUGAAAACUUCACCAGAGUGAAACUAAACCGGGACGAGCCUCCUGAGAGCAGAGAGGAACUGAGGAACUCCAUAAACAGAGAGCCCAUCCACGAAUGGGAGGGCUCUCAGCGAGACAGCCUGGGCACCAUCACCUACGUCACUAAAGUCCAACUGCAGCACCUGCCCUGCCAGGAACAGAGUGACAGACUGCUGGUAAUGUACCCAUCAACGCUGAUCAUCCUAUCAGAGGAGGAUGACGGGCUCUUCUAUAAGGGGAAACUUCCACUCAACAUGAUCACUGUGACCACACCCUGCCAAGACGUCAAGCCCAACACCUUUAUGAUCGAAGGGAAGCUGAUCAACCCCAUAGUGGUGUCGUGUCUGGAUAGGGCCGAGUUCUGCGACUGGAUCCAGCAUUUCAAAGCCGCUGACGUGCCUGUUCUCAGCCCCCCGCCCUCUGUGUAUGACAUCAUCUACACCCCGACGCAACGAGAGGCUCCACAGUUUGACAGAUGGAGUGGAAACAGCCAUGGACGAAGUGAGUCUCUUAAAAUCAGCCAGUCAUCAAGUGGAUGUGGGUCCCACAACCUCCAGUUACCCAUUCAUGAAGACAACCCUCUCUCCCCAGGAUACUCCGAACCCCUCUGUUACAGCUCCAGUCGUCCCUCCUCAACUGAGACCGCCCGCCUGGGCAGCAGGACCAACAGCGUGUCUUCCCACACGAGGCCCGAGCGUGACCUACGACCUUUGUCACUGCGCUACUCCUCCCCCCAGCGCGGCUCCUACCUCCAGCCAGCUGAGAGCUCCUUGCGGUCUCAGGUCUACAGCACACCCUACUCUGCCCUGCACCGUGCCAGCCCACAGCGGCUGGAGAAAACCCCGCUUGUCAAGUCUAACAGCUGGAGCACCCCUCAGACAUCUCUGAACUACUCCCUGAACGCACCCCAGCGCCACUCGGACAUGUGCGCCCCCCGACAGCCCUUGUCGCCCCUGUAUGAUGAGCCCUGCAGCCCAGAAAUCUAUUCCCUGGAUGAAGCCAGGCCAGUGCAGCAUAGCUGGCAAGAGCCAAUUCAGCAGCACCACCACCACUAUCAGCAGCCCAACCAGCUCCUACCCUCCUCCUUCCAGCUCCGCACCCCUCCCUCGGGCAGGCGCUGCAGGAGAAGCCUGGUUCUGACCAAUUCACAGGGAAAGGCUCUGGGCAUGGAGUUAGAGAUUCCUCAAAGCCAAGAGGAGCAGAGAGCCGAGGCCGUGUCGAGGCUAAAGCUGCUGCCUGUGCCCGGCCAAGGGCAAGAGCAGAUUCUCCUCCCAUCGAGCUCGAUGAGGAACACCUCUCAGAUGCCUUAUGGUUACUCACCAGAUCACCACUCGUACCUUGAACCCACAGAACCAGAUGACCAGGAAAUGGACUAUGACAACAUUUGGGACUACGACUGUGAUACUGGAAUGAUUCAGCCAGCGUCUGGAAUUUCGACACACUGGACGGGAUUAGACUUUGGGGCCAGAGGCCUUGGUGCCAUGGCAACCCAGCAGAGAUGGUCAUAAAACAAAACAAUAGCCCGGCACUCGUCUGGACGUGUGCAAACAACAGAUCUCUAUCUGACGGAUAAUAAAAGCCAACCAUCGCAGCCGGUGUUGGUCCUGCUGCAUACAGUAUGAACCAGCAAAUCCCAUGAAUUGUGCUGUUAGAUGUUGGGUAGUCACGCAGAGGAACGAUGAGUGCAGGAAUGAAGAGGAAUGGGCUUGAAACAAAGCAUGAUGAAAGUAAAAAACAGGCUUUAACUGUUUGAUAUGUAGCAUUCGGGACAGAAGACAGCAGAGUGUAUAUACUGAGUAGCUUUAAUGUUAUUUUUUAUUAUAUAAUUGCACUAAAGGUUUAAUAUGUAGUGCAAAAACCUCCAGGUUUUUUUUAAUAUUUAUAGUAUUUUCUAACAUGCUGUCCAGUUUACUUAUUGUUCUAUGUUUAUUUUGUGUUUAUUUAAAGCUAUAAAAAGCAUUCCACCAGGGCUUGUUAUAGUAAAAGAUGUAUAUUUUUGUAAAUGUUGUAAAUGUAUUAUGUUAUGAUGCUACAUUAUCGAGGCAAAUAGAUGUGGCUUCAACCGACUGCCUAAACGGUGCUAAUAUAACCAUUACUACUACAGUGCUGUACUGAUACCUGUGUGGAUUCCUUUUUUCAUUUUUGUUUGAGGUGUUUAUUUAUAUUUGGAAAUAAAACUUGAAAAAUGAA